CAAAACGUAAUUUUCAAUUCAAAAUAUUUAUAGGUUAUUUUUUUCAUCUUAUUUUGAGUUAAAAGUAUUUAUUAGACUCAAAAUAAUGAACUUAAGUACAAGAAUUAUAGGAAGGGUGGUUAUUCCUUCAUUUAUUAAUUCAACAAGAACAGUACCGCUUAAUUUUUUGCGAAUCAAUACAGUUCCUCUGGUGAAUAAAUUUAACUUUACACCUUCACGGAAUUAUGCUAAAAGUAAAGAUAAAGGAAAAGAUAAGAAAGGUAAGGGUGGUAAGGUGGAAAUCAAUCCUCAAAUGAUGUCAGAGUUGAUACCUGUAGAUAAACUCAAAGAGAGAUCUAUCAGUGUGAUUGAUAAGAUGAAGGAAGACUUUGCCAAGAAUCUGUCUUUACGGUCCACUACGGGCUCCAUUGAAUCUCUCCCUGUGAAAUUUGAGGGCAAAGAUUACGAGUUGCAGGAACUAGCUCAAAUAGUACGUAAGAAUCCUAAAACUAUAGUCAUAAAUUUUGCAUCAUUUCCACAAGCAAUACCAGAUGCGUUGAAGUCGAUACAAUCUUCUGGACUUAAUUUAAAUCCUCAGCAAGAUGGCACAACGGUGUAUGUGCCGGUGCCAAAGGUUACAAAGGAACAUAGAGAGACAUUAGCGAAGAAUGCUAAAGCACUGUACAUAAAAUGUAGGGAUUCUCUAAAGGACAUACAAAAUGAAUACUUGAAAAAAUUGAAAAAACAAACUGGGGUAUCUGAGGAUUUGGUUUUUAAUGUCACCAAACAACUCGCAGCCAUGUGUGAAGAUUUCCAGACUUCGGCCAAAUCUAUAUAUGAACAGAAACACAAUGAAUUAAUUGGUAAAGAUAAGUAACUAUAGUAACAAUAAUGAAUAAGAAGUAAAUAUUUAUAAAUUGCAUUUAAUUAUAAAUGAGUCAUUGCUGUUUGUAAAUUAUAGAUGUAAGGUUUAUUCAUUGUUAUAAAAUAAAUAGUUU